GAAAAUACAUCUCUUUGCGUUUGCCCCAGAUAAAAAGUACUUGAGUCUACUUAGGUAACACCACCUUGGCUAGUUGCUUGAUACUGUCUCAUCAUAGAAAUACCAUGUUGGCUAGUGUCUUAAUACUUUUUGCUAGAAAACUUUACCUCGGAUAAUAAACUAUCGUACCUGCGACGAUAUUCUUGUUCACCCACGCUGCAAUAUCAUUCUUGCUCACUACACUCGGAGGAGUUCUCCGCCACCCUCGCUUUUCUUACUCCAUUUCCCGAAGUACUUUUUCCACCGCACGACAUUUUCCACGAUGCCGGCUGCGCAGCAAUUUUCGCUGACCAGCGAGGCUGACCUGGCCAAGGCGGAUGAGCACCUGCGCAAAGUCUCGUACGUCGAGGGCGGUGCCAGCUGGACCAAGACGGAUUUGAAGCACUUCGAAACCGCGAAAAAAAUCAUGACAGCGGAGAAGGUCAAAGAGCAAUAUCCCUCCGUGUCCCGAUGGUUCCGACACAUGCAGUACCAGGUAGAGGAGACCGAGUCUGUUUCUGUUGGCUCUCUGUCCGGAACCUCUUCCCUCUUCGCCGCGCAAAAGUUGUCGGAAAACCCGAAGGGCAGCUGCAGUCCACCUGAGCCGAGCACCAGCUCAACGUCGGCAAAGCAGGGAGGUGGUGCGCAGAUAAAUGGGAGGAAAAAUAAUAAAGACCAACAGUCGCAGAAAGCCGCGCCAUCUUCCGCAGGGCCGGCCGCCGCCGCAAAGCCCGCUUACGUCAAAGGGUCGAACGUGAAGGAGGUUGACUGCAAGGUCGUGCCCAUGGCGGACCGGCAGAAGCGACUCCCGCAAAACCCGAGCAAGGGCCUGGCCGCGGCGAACCUGCCCACCAGCAAGGGGAAGGAAACGUAUCAAAUGUAAAAAUGUCUGGGUCUGGAAGAAUGCGCGACUUGUCAUGCACCUUUUCCAUGACACGCGAGGUCUGGAAUGCAGGACCUAGCAUGACAGAUUCUGUGCGAUCUUUCUCAUGCCUAUCCUGCAUGAGAAACUGCCUCCCGACUUGGUCAAAACUGGACGACUUUUGGUAAUCAUGCAACACAGAUUUUUGCAUGCUUCAGAUUUAGCAUGACAAGUUGCAUUCUUCCAGACCCAGACAUUUUUACAUUUGAUAAAACGCGGUAUUUGACCACGGCUAUCCACUACACCAACGGCUGGCCGCACGUCGGGCACGCCUACGAUAUCAAAAGUAAAAAUGUCUGGGUCUGGAAACUUGUGAUGCUGGGUGGCGUCUCGUGAUGAGGCUACAAAUGCUGGCUCAGCAUGACAAGUUUCUGAGCUCCUAGGUGUUGCCUAUUCUGCAUGACAAACUGCGCUUCUGCAUCACAGAGAAACGGAGCUCUUGGAUAACGUGCAUGACAGAUUUAAGAGUCAUGCCAGACAAGCAUGACAAACGUGAAUUCUUCCAGACCCAGACAUUUUUACAUUUGAUAUACGAGACCAUCCAGGCGGAUUGUCUCGCGCGGUACUUUCGCCUGAACAACUACGACACGUUUUUCCAGACCGGGACCGACGAGCACGGACAAAAGAUUGCCGAGGCCGCCACGGCGCAGGGAAUGGCCAAGCCAAAAGACUUGUGCGACUACUACUGCCAGGGCUUCGAGGGGCUGUUUGGCCGCACGGAGGUGUCCGAGGAUCAGUUCAUCCGCACGUCGUCCCCCGAGCACUACAAAAUCGUACAGGACUUGUGGAAGAAGGUCAGCGACAAGGGAGACAUUUACUUGGCGGAGUACGAAGGCUGGUACAUGGUGCGCGAGGAAAAAUUCGUCACGGAUCAAGAGGCGGAAGAGUGGAAAUUUUUGGAUCCGGUCAAUGGCAAGCCGCUGCAACGUAUUUUUUACAAAAUGCUUCGCUUUAGUUCCUUUUUUUUUCUCUAGUGUAGUAGCUAGGAUUUCGCACUGGAACUCGAUCAUCGGUCGUUGCACGAGGCCUAUGAUAGAUAUGUAUACCUAUGUUUCGAAGUGCAUGUUGCGACCACAACAUGAAUCCACAGGUAUGAAGGAACCCUCGUACUUUUUCCGUAUGUCCAAGUACAAGGAUUUCAUUCGGGAGAAGCUUUCCGAGCCCGGCUGGUGCAAGCCGGACAACUACCGGAAGGAAAUGCUUGCCCGGCUAGACGACAUGGAGGCCAAGGGGGGUUUGCGCGAUCUGUCCAUCUCCCGCGCGAACUUCGACUGGGGUAUUCCGGUGCCGGAGAAGGUCGGGCCGGACGGCAAGAAGCACGUGAUGUACGUGUGGUUUGAUGCCUUGACGAACUACUACUCCGGCGUCAGUUUCAAUCCCGCAAACAGUAAGUACUGGCCGGCAAACAUGCACGUGAUUGGGAAGGACAUCAUCUGGUUUCACACCGCAAUCUGGGGCUCCAUGCUGAAAUCCGCGGAGCUCCCAUUGCCAAAGCAGGUAGUGGUCCACGGAUUCGUAAACGACGCCGAGGGAAAAAAGAUGAGCAAGUCUGAAGGUAAUUUGGGGGUUUCUCUUUCCACUCCUCUUUUUCAACAAUUGGUCUGAAUGUUUUCGUGUCUCGUCUGGUGCUACUGGUAUUGGUCAUGACAUUGACAACUGCACCCAUAGCUGCACAAAAAAAGUUUACGCCACACGAUGCCUACAGGUAACGUUGUGAAUCCGCACGAUAUUUGCGACUGGUGCAGUCCGGACACCCUCAGAUGGUACCUGAUUCGGGAGGCCCACUGGGGAAACGACCUGCCGUUUUCGGUCAAGAGCCUGAAGCUCAUGCACAACGCAGGUAAGAAAGAGAAAGUAGGAAGGUUGAUUGGGGUUAUCUGCAACCGGAUGUGAUCAUCAUUUCUUUCUUCUUUGGAAGUAGCCCUUUCCUUCACAUUUUGACCCUGCGUAGUAGUGCACGAAAAUUGUUGAUGAAAACUAACACCUCCACAUACGGUACCAGAUCUUUGCGACAACUUGGGCAACCUGGUAAACCGCGCCGUGUCCCUGUGCAAGGGCGCCGUCCCGGCCGUGUCCGAUGCGAUCAUCAAAGAAUGUGGGUUGCCAUUUGACGUUGCGGAGUUGCGAAAGAAGUUCUGCGAGGCCUUCGAGGACUGCCGCACCGGUGAGACCGCCGAAAUGGCCCGCAUCGCGGCGGCGGAAACGAACAAGUGGUUGGCGGAUCUGGAACCCUGGAAGAUGAACAAACAGGACCCGGUGAAAGCUGCCGGCGUAGUACGCAUCUGCCUCGAGGCCGUCUAUGUCCUGGCGCACUUCUUCGCCCCAUUCAUCCCGCGCGCGGCCGAAGCGAUCGUGAUCGAAAAGUUGCAACAAAAGAACGCGGUGGCGUACGGCGAUCUCAAGCCGUUAGGGCAAAAUCUGAAGGAGGGAGCGCCGGUGGGAAGUACGAGCAUUUUGUUCCAAUCGUUCUCCGCAGAACAGAUCGAAAUCAUGACCACGACCAUGAGUCUGGAACAGCCGGCACCGGUCGCAAAGGCCGCAGCAGCACCGGCGGUGGCAAAGGCACAGCCGAAGCAGGGUGGAAAAGGAGGUAUAAAACAUAAAUUUUCUGGGUUUUUCUCUUUUGAAGAUGGUAUGACGAGUUUGUGAUAAUUGCGCCUGCUGCAGCUUAUUGAUACAGAGUGGCUGGUUUACGAGACCCGUGCGUACUUUUUUGUUUCGCAAUGCGGGUCGUUAUUAAUGGAAUUUCGAAAUUUCAGGUGACAACGCUGCGAAGGAAAAGAAGCCGAAGGAGAAGAAAGCUGCUGGUCCCGCCGCUCCGGCUUUGGACAUGGACCAACCUUUGUACAGCCGCUUGGACCUGCGGGUGGGAAAGAUUGUCGAAGUUGAGAAUCAUCCGGACGCAGAGCGCCUAUACGUCGAAAAAAUCGAUGUUGGCGAGGCGGAGCCCAGGACGAUUAUUUCUGGUACGCGAGUUUUGUGGUUUGGGACAGAUUCUCAUUCCAAGUCUUGCUAUGGGGUUUCGUUCACACCGACACUGCAUAAAGAUUAGACGCGGAUGAUGAAGUACUUCUUCGUCCUAAAAAAUCGUUUAUUCUCUGUACUACACAACAAUCCAGGUUUGCGCGAGCACUACACUUUGGAAGAGAUGAAAGGGCGACAGAUCGUGACCAUUUGCAACCUGAAACCGGCGAAGAUGCGGGGUAUCACCUCCCACGGUAUGGUUCUCUGCGCGAAAACCGAAGACGGCAAGGUGCAGUUUGCCGCGUUGCCGAAGGACUGCAAACCGGGCGACCACAUCCUCGUCGAGGGCGAUUCCGCUGAGCGGAAGCCGUGGGACGGCAAGCAGGUCGACAAGCACCAGGUCUGGGCCGACGCUUCCAAGCUGAUGCGCACGGACGGGGCUGGCGUCCCGUGCUUCGACGGCAACCCGCUCGUCGUGAACGGUCAGAGGCUCUCCUCGGACUUUAAGAAUGCCAUUUUGUCCUAGAUCGAACCGCAUUUGUCACCAUAACAAGCAAUCGGAUUUAGAGUAAACAGCGAUUGUGUGUUGAUGUGUGGAAAAAUAUGCAGGGACUAGAGGCAGGCAUUUGGAUGAACUUGCACUAGUAGUUGUUUCCAGUUAACAUCAUGAAAAAUUCGCGCAAAAAAGCUAAAAACUGAAAUAUGUUGUUGUCUCACUCUUGGGUCGGGUCUACCGACACCAAAAGAUUUCGAUAGCACUAAGGACGAACAUCAUCAUGGUGCCGCCACGGUG